AUGGGUUUAAGACCUGAGCAAAGAUCCCACCAAGUUCAUUUAGGAGACUGCCCAGUGCACAAGUCACUUCAGCCGUUCACAAAACUCCUUGGUGAGUGGGAGGGCGAGGGGUACAUGAGUCUCUACACUCCCACCAGAUACCCAUGUUCUGAGCACAUUUCUAUCGGCCACAUCGGACAGCCUUCGUUUACGUACAGUUCGAUGGCCCACUCUCAAGAAGCUUUUCGUCACCGUGAUAUGGGUUUCUUUUUCUUUACUGAGGCGACGCAGAAGAUGCAAUUCAUGGUCAGCGACAACACAGGUCAUGUCUGUAUCAUGACAGGAACACCAAAGGUGGACAGUAAGAAAAUAGAAAUGGUUCUUGAAACGGAACUUUGCGAAGGGCACCCUCUGCCAGGGAAACCGCAAACGAUUAAGGUGUGCCGUGAAAUCACAUUAGUUGAUGAGGAUACGCUGAUGCAAAAGGUGUACAUUUACACCACAAGGAAAGCCGAACUAACACUACAUACGGAUAUGGUCUACAAACGUUCCGCUAUGUAA